AUGUCUGCAGACAAAUCUGGCAGAACGCGGGACCUGACAGUGGUGAUCGUAGGAGGUUCGCUGGCCGGGUUGCUUUGCGGUGUGACCCUGAAACAUGCGGGCUUCAUUGUCCGGAUACUAGAACAACACGGAAGCGAACGUAAAAGCCAGGCAACGGGGCUUGGUCUCGGUCCUAAUGCACAAGCCUUUCUCGAAGAUCAUGACUGUCACGGCCCACGGCUUUCUCACACGGUGACCAGCUUGCUCAUUCUUGGUCACGACAACACCAUCCGUCGUCUCGCUGCCGGGCGCCGUGAUCUUACGAGUUGGGAUGCAGUCUUUUAUCGGCUUCGAUGGCUUUUCAAUGGAUACAUCAGCCAAUAUUUCGCAGAAGCUGGAGAAGCAUUCGAAGCGGGUUGUUCCACUUACGAAACUUGUAAGCAGGUGCUUGAAGUCCGCCGGCCUGAGGACACUGAUUCGCCAAUUACCCUCACGGUUCUGGAUACCAACUCCCAUGAGCUGGAGCAUGUCCAAGCCGACUUUGUUAUUGGUGCCGACGGACCAAACUCUUUGAUCCGGGCACUUUACCUACCGGAUGUUCAGCGCGAGUACGCUGGGUAUGUAAUGUGGCGAGGAUUAGUCCCGGAAGACAAAGUUUCAUCUGCGACUCUGGACUUGUUCGAGAGGUCGGUCAUUGCUCACAAGACAUCACGAAACUCUUCCUGCGUCAUGUAUAUGAUACCAGGAGUUAACGGGUCUCUUCAACGAGGCGAACGGCUUCUCAAUUUCAUUUGGUACACCAAUGAGUCGACCGACGACAUGGAUGAGAUUAUGACUGAUGGCAUCGACGGACACUCUCACCGCAACUUUGUACCCCCAGGACGCGUCCGCAGUGAUAUCUGGGCAUCCCAUGUCCGGGAGGCAGAGCGUCUUCCACUACCGGGACCGUUUUUGGAGGUUGCAACUAAGAUAGAACAGCCUUCCCUCCAAAUUGUCACUGACUACUGCUCACCGCAUGCUGCUUUUGAAAAUGGCCGCAUCUUACUCAUUGGCGAUGCUCUAUCGCAGUUUCGUCCUCACGCAGCGCUGGGAGUUUCUCAGGCUGCAUACCAUGUCGCUGCCGUUCGGGAGUAUUUGGAGGGUACCAUCACUUGGCAACAAUGGGAGACAAGAGUGGUUCGUCGAUCAUACCUUCAUUGGUCUUUGAAUGUUUGGUGGGGUGAUUUCUACCAGAAAAGCUUUGCUGCGGCUUUACCUGCCUGUUUCCGAUAUUGGACGUAUAAUUUUUUGUACAAUCUCAGGUCAUGGUGGAGUGGAGGUUCUUGA